AAAUACUCUGCGUCUUUCUCGUUCUUUCUUUGUAUCUCAACGUGAGACAGACUUUGGACUUUGGAAACAUAUUAAUUGAGGGUUUUCACAUUUUGCUUGUAUUAGGGGCAACCUUGAUUUUAGUCACACUCCACUCAAAUACACACACACACACACACACACACACACACACACACAUUGAUGUGUGUUUUCUAAAUCUUGUUUAUAAAAGGUGACUGGAGAUACUAAUUUGUGGGAUCAUCCCUUCAGGAAGGAAUCAUUAUAGAAUCUAACAAGAGCCAUGUGGGUUGUCCUUGCCUUGCUGCUAGCCUUCUCCAGCGGGGCUCUGUCUCUGAACAAACUCAACAUGUGUAUGGAUGCCAAACACCACAAAGUAGAGCCUGGCCCUGAGGGGAAACUUUACCUUCAGUGUUCUCCCUGGCGUGACAAUGCAUGCUGCACGGCCAACACCACCGCAGAAGCCCACAACGAUAACUCCUACCUGUACAACUUCAACUGGAAUCACUGUGGUAUUAUGAGCCCCCAGUGCAAGAAACAUUUCAUCCAGGACACUUGCUUCUAUGAGUGCUCACCACACUUGGGACCGUGGAUACAAAAAGUGGAUCAGAGCUGGCGUAAGGAGCGUAUCUUGGAUGUGCCUCUUUGUAUGGAGGACUGCCACAAUUGGUGGGAAGAUUGCAAGAAUGAUUACACUUGCAAGACUAACUGGCACAAGGGAUGGGACUGGAGCUCAGGUGUUAACAAAUGCCCUGAAAGCAGCAAGUGCAGAAAGUGGACUGAAGUUUACCCAACACCCAAGUCCAUGUGUGAGCAAAUUUGGUCCAACUCCUACCUUUAUACCACCCACUCCAAUUCCUCAGGUCGCUGCAUGCAGCUCUGGUUCACCGGGCCAAACCCCAACACAAAGGUAGCUGAGUACUACCUCAACAACGCACAACAGCACCAAAGCUUUGCCUUGACAACGCUACUUUUCCUGGCUGUUGGGUCUUUCUCUUUAUGGAUAUACUAACAUGAUAUCCUUGCCCCAUCCUGUAUCACUCUUACAGGUAUCAAUAAAACUGAUUUCAGAUACUCUCCCGACUCUCCUGGCUUUCAUGUCCUCUUCUGAGUAACUGAUGGGAAAACUCUCCCUCUGGUUUGCAGCCUCUUAAACACACAUUUUAAAUCUGCAUCUGGUUUAUUUUCUUUGUGAUUUCCUACUUAGUUUAUUCUUAUACUAUUUUUUCCUCAUU